UCAAAAGUUACAGAUCUAAUACAGGUUGUAUACAUCAGGGGUCCUCAAACUUUUCACAUCUCAAGGUCCCCUGAAAAGACUACCUCGUGGCUGAGGACCCCCGCACCUGGAAAAACACCCACUACAGCCCGUAAUGCAGUAGCUAUUUAAUUCAUCACAUGGGAGCAUGUAAAAAUGAUGAUAUUCAAUCAUUGAUCUCCAUAAGACAUGGAGCUAUUUGUGCGGUUAAACUAACUGUAAUCCUGCGAAUGAAGUGUAAACCAGAAAAGUUGUUAUCAUGCAAUCUAAAGCAUAAUUUGUGAAACAGCAAUAUAAACUAAAUAUUCCUAAAGGGGAUUUAUUUUCCCAUUUUACAGAGCAUCAUCUGGAACUGCUGGCCCCCUGGCUCCUCUGGAUCUCAUUUUGAGAACUAAUGUUCAGCAGAACACAUUCAACAACUUUUAAACUGUUAUUUUAAAAAUGUAACAAAUAUAGACAACAAUCCAGCGGACAUAUUUUAAUGGAACAAAUGACACUAAAUUUGGCCUGAACAAAUUUAUUACAUCUGAAGUCUAUCAGUUAGUACAUCAUUGUUAAUAUUUUAUACCAAAUGCAUGUUUGUCACUACAUUGGAAAAAAUGUAGCCUAACAAAUAGACGCCCUUAAUUAGACAUAUCUAAUUUCCCUCAAUUGGAUUAAACUAGCUACAUGGCAGAAAAAAGGGGCUUGUUCAUUGUGAUAUCUCUCCCCAGGAUGUCUUCUGAGGAAGCUUUCAAAGAUGGAAAAUGUUUUUCUAUCAAUGUGUAUUUGCCAAGCGUUUCCCAUUAAGACCAUUAGAGCUAAGGCCACGCCGGCCAACGGCGAGUCCUUAACUUCACACCUGACAUCCACAGACGGGCUCUGAACAAUGGCGUCUGAAGGCUUUAGAGCUGUUAUUUCGGUGCCAGUCGAACUAAAUCGCCCAGCAUUCACACUUGUCCGUCAGCUUUGAUCACACUGAAGUGAAGCAGUAUAUAAAAAGGCACACGAAAACGAUGAAGCUCAAAAACAAAAACGACAAACGGGGAAAUGUCUGCUAUUCACGCCAAACUUCCAUCUUUACAGUUCCAGAUGUUUUCUGAGGGGAAUCCAGGCAGAAGGAGCAACAUGCAUCAAACAGUUUCAGAAUUCAGCGCCGUGGCCAACGGGACAAACUAUUACAACACAGCUAACUCGGCGUGUCCGAGGGUAGACAGCACGGCACUGCUAACCCAUCGGAGAAAGAGGACCAAUUUUACCCAGCAACAGAUUGAGGUCCUGGAAAAGGUAUACUCGGAUACCAUGUAUCCGGACAUUUACCUGCGGGAGAAGCUUGAAGCGCUAACCGGCCUCCCAGAAUCUAGAAUCCAGGUGUGGUUCCAAAAUAGACGGGCCAAGUCCCGGCGUCAGACUGGGCCUCCGUCAAUGAAACCGAACCCUACUGUUGGUCCAGUCAUUCCGUUCUCACAGCUUCAGAACCUAAUGCCGACAGAUGUACAAAGAAUGACCAACUUCGCUUUGGGGAACGACUUCAGAUCACAGCUGAACAACACGACGGAGGAAACUCAGGCUAAAACGAAAACACUCAAGAAAAGCGGGGACUAUGGACUUCCCUCAGUCCCCAGUACUUUUGACGCAUUCAGUGAUGGAAAGUGUCGUCAAGUGGAACGAGAUAAUCACACGAAAGUCACAGGACACAGCAGCGGCGGAGUACUGCAUUACCUACGGGAGGGGGAUAAUUUUCCGAAGUCACAAAAUCUCUCCCAAAGCAACCUCAGCAAAGCACUGAAGCACGUUCUUGUGGAAUAUGACAACUUCCCUCCAAACAAAACGAUCGGACCAGAGAUGAAGGUGGUGAUUCCUCCUAUACCCUCGCCGACCAAUUUCAGCAGGUCUUCACCCAAACAAGUGUUAAGUCCCGUUCAACAUAUUCAAGUAAAAAGCAAGCCAGAGAGUUUUGGCCAUUUCUCUCCAAUCCGUGGCACAGAACCAAGAGAGAAGUUUUCCGAUUCAGAUUCCGACUGGGAAAGUGGAGUCAUCUCAGGAUUUAGUGCUUUCUUGUAAUGUGUUGUAAUGAUACAAAGUUUUAACGGUUUGUGUAUAUAAAAUUUCCAAGUUGUUAGUAACCACAGUUUAGAGAAACCUUAUUCACUCGCCGUAAACAAAACAAACAAAAAAAAAACACUUAAUUUAUUGUAUUUAAGUAACCUUGUAAACUAUUGUCUGAAUUACGAGCUUGUUGAAUAAAGAUGUUUGUAUUUUUGGUGCAA